AUGGCAACCCUCAGCAAUGGAGUUCCUUCAAUGGAACAGCUGCAUCAGUUGGCGGAGAGAGCGCGGGAGAAAGGUUGGCCCUCAGCGGAUGUGCGAGAGUUGUACAUUGCAUUCUUCGAGCAUGUGAAGCACAAGAGAUACCCGUCCUCACCGGUGGUGCCCCAUGGGGACAACACCCUGCUUUUUAUCAAUGCUGGUAAGGCAGUACACAUGCCUAGGCUCGUGCUGGAGAUGCCGGGUGCCGCAGGGCUACGUUCAGUUGCAGGGGUCAUUUGUGCAGGUAUGAAUCAAUUCAAGCCCAUCUUCUUGGGACAGGUUGACAAGAACUCCCCACUCGGGAGGCUGCGCCGUGUGGUGGAUACUCAGAAGUGCAUCCGCGCCGGAGGAAAGCACAACGACCUGGAGGACGUGGGUAAGGACGAGUAUCACCAUACGUUCUUUGAGAUGCUCGGCAACUGGAGCUUCGGCGACUAUUUUAAGGAGGAGGCUAUCGAUUGGGCGUGGAAACUCCUCACAGAGGUGUACAAGCUUCCGAAAGACAGACUUUACGCGACGUACUUCGGAGGUGACCCGAAAUUCCCCAGUUGCCCUCCGGAUCUGGAGGCGAAGCAAAUCUGGCUGAAGUAUCUCCCGGAGGAUCGGGUUCUGCCAUUCGGUGCAAAAGAAAACUUCUGGGAAAUGGCGGACGUCGGCCCAUGCGGCCCUUGCACUGAAAUCCACUUCGACAGAAUCGGGGGCCGGAACGCUGCGAGUCUGGUAAACAUGGACGACCCUUCGGUGCUGGAGAUAUGGAACUUAGUGUUCAUGCAGUUCAACCGGGAAAACGCGCAGACGCUGACGCCGCUUCCAGCCCCCUGUGUUGAUACGGGCAUGGGCUUGGAGCGUCUUGUCUCGGUUUUGCAAGAGAAGAAGUCCAACUACGACACGGACCUCUUCCUGCCGAUCUUCGACCGCAUUCAUUCUUUCAACACUAAGCUUCCAAAAUACCAGGGAAAGGUUGGUGAAGAAGACACGAAUAAGAUAGACACGGCCUACCGGGUGCUGGCUGACCAUAUACGUUGUCUGACGGUGGCCAUCACUGACGGAGCCGAGCCAUCCAACGAAGGCAGGGGCUAUGUUCUCAGGAGAAUCCUCAGACGGGCGGGGGUGGAUCGCUUUAAGAAGGUCGUCGCCUCCCUUGCCCCCGGUGGCAAGUUCCCCGGGUCGGAGGCAUUUACUCUUUACACCACUUAUGGAUUCCCGCUCGAUCUCACGCAGCUCAUGGCUGAGGAAGAGGGUCGAGAGGUCAACGUUGAGGAAUUCAACAAGAAGUUCGACGAACAUCGCGCUGCCUCUGAAAACAUAGCAUUUAAAGCGAGUGGAGGGGCAGUCUCCCGCUUGCCUCCAGACCAGCAUCACAAGCUUGAGCAGCAAGGCCUUGCUCCAACUGAUGACUCUUACAAAUACCACUGGAACAUCGCUCAACGGCCAUACAACCCGGACUCAGAAGCAACGCCACCGUGCUCCUGCACACUCCAAGCCAUUUGGAACGGUGCUAACUUUGUUGACACCGUAUCUGAGGACGGAACUGUCAUAGCCCUAGUGCUCGACAAGACUCCUUUCUACGCGGAGCAGGGCGGACAACUGGGAGACGAGGGUUUCCUCGAGCUGAAUGGGCAUCACUUCAGAGUCAGAGACACGCAGAAGAGUGGUAGCUACAUCCUUCAUAUCGGAACCUUGUUCGGGGGAGCCUCACUCAAGGUUGGGGAUGUGUUGACACCCCGAGUGAACUACGCACGGCGUCUUGGCCUCGCCCAACACCACACAGGAACUCACCUUUUGGCGGCGGCCCUUCGGCAAGUGUUGCUGGAUAAGGAUAACGGCAAGAGAGAAACAGGAAAGGGAACUGAGGACAAGGACGCAGAUGGGGAAAGACGUACUAUUAAGCAAAAAGGGUCUCUUGUAGAAGAAAGGAGACUGAGGUUUGACUUCGACUGGGAUGCCCCUCUCACAAACCAACAGAUUGAAGCGAUUGAACUGAACGUUCAGAGAGCGAUUGCCUCCUCUUUGCCGGUAAACACAGCUGUGUUGCCGUUGAAGACCGCCAUGGACCUUCCCGCCUUGUGUGCAGUUUUUGGUGAGGUGUACCCGGAUCCAGUGAGAGUAGUAAGCAUUGGUCCAGACGCAGACGAACUCAAAAAGAUACAAGGAACACAAGGGGCUGACAAAGUAAACGCCAGUGUCGAACUGUGCGGAGGUACUCACCUCAGCAACGCCUCCCAGCUCGAGGACUUUGUCGUGAUAUCGGAGGAGAGCAUCGCAAAAGGAAUCAGGAGAAUCGUUGCAGUGGCUGGCGAGGCAGCACUCAGUGCGCGCAGUGAACUUAGAGACGUCUGCUUGUCACUAGCAAACCUGGAAUCCGCCUCCCCAACAUUUCCGUUUUUUGAAAAGGAGGUGCAGCAGGCGAAAUCAUUCGUUGAGAGCAACAAAAAUAUUCCUCUGCUGUCCAGGCGGCGUUUGCUGGCAGAGAUCGAGCACAAGCAAAAGCUCGGGCUGGAGCUGAGCAAGUUCCGUGCUAAGGAGCUGUUGCGAGUUGGUAAGGUCCUCGGCCAGGAGGCAGCGAACGCGGCAAAAGGUAAAAAGUUCGUUGUCCUAAAUCUAACGCAACUCCAGGGAGACGGGAAGGCCUUAGAUGAGGCUGCAAAGGCUUUGCAGGCUGCCGCUCCAUCGCUGCCAUUCUUGUUGCUGACCGGGCUGGAGAGUCGCGGGACGUCCUGCAUUUCCUUCAGUCCAAAGGGUACACCUUUAGAGUCCUCCAAGUGGCUGAACGAAGCACUGAAGGAGCUAGGAGGCAAAGGAGGUGGCAAGGAAAGGAGCGUCGGGGCAGCCAAGGAUGGAACUAUCAAUGGGUUAAAGCGGGCUGUCAGCGCUGCCGUGGCUUUUGCGGAAGCCGCCCUGCAGUAG